AUGGUAGAGGCACAUUUGCUGCCUCCGAGAGCCAUGUACAUUGCCCCAUUUUCAGGCAUUCACGGGGUCUCAGUUGCCAUUAGCAAUCUUCUCACAGACCCCAUAACUGGUCCUCCAGAAAGAGUCAGAAAUGCAGUGACCUAUGAUGACGUGCAUGUUGACUUCACUUGGGAAGAAUGGACUUUGCUGAAUCCUUCCCAGAAGAGUCUCUACAAAGAUGUGAUGGUAGAGACCUACAGAAACCUCACUACUAUAGGAUAUAAUUGGGAAGACCAUAAUAAUGAACAAUGUUGUCAAAAUUCUAGAAGACUUGAAAGGCAUGAAAAAACACACACUAGAUUGAAACCUUAUGAAGAAAAUGAGUAUGGUAAAGCCUUUUCAUAUCACACUCAUCUUCAAAUGCAUAAAAGAUCAUACACCGGAGAGAAACCCUAUGAAUGUAACAAGUGUUGCAAAACCUUUACACGUCACCAUACUCUUCAAAUGCAUAAAAGAACACAUACUGGAGAGAAGCCCUAUGAAUGUAAUCAGUGCGGUAAAGCCUUCGCACGGCAAGACCAUCUUCAAACUCAUGAAAGAAGCCAUACUGGAGAGAAACCUUAUGAAUGUAAUCAGUGGGGUAAAGCCUUUGCAGAUCACAGUAAUCUCCAAAAGCAUAAAAUAACCCAUACUGGAGAGAAACCCUAUAAAUGUAAUCAGUGUGACAAAGCCUUUGUACAUCUGAAUACUCUCCGAAAGCAUAAAAGAACCCAUACUGGAGAAAAACUGUAUGAAUGUAAUCAGUGUGGUAAAGCCUUCACAAGGCAAGACCAUCUUCAAACUCAUGAAAGAACCCAUACUGGAGAGAAACCCUAUGAGUGUAAUCACUGUGGUAAAGCCUUUGCUGAUCAAAGUAGUCUCCAAAGACAUAAAAGAAGCCAUACUGGAGAGAAACCCUAUGAAUGUAAUCAGUGUGGUAAAGCUUUCGCAUAUUCCAAUAGUCUCCAAUAUCAUGAAAGAAGCCAUACUGGAACGAAACCCUAUGAAUGUAAUCAGUGUGGUAAAGCCUUCGCACAGCACAGUUAUCUUCAAACUCAUGAAAGAAGCCAUACUGGAGAGAAACCCUAUGAAUGUAAUCAGUGUGGUAAAGCCUUUGCAGAUCACAGUACUCUCCGAAAGCAUAAAAGAAGCCAUACUGGAGAGAAACCUUAUGAAUGUAAUCAGUGUGGUAAAGCUUUCGCAAGAUCCCGUAGUCUCCAGGAUCAUGAAAGAAGCCAUACUGGAGAGAAACCCUAUGAAUGUAAUCAGUGUGGGAAAGCUUUCGCAUAUUCCAGUAGUCUCCAUGAUCAUGAAAAAACCCAUACUGGACAGAAACCCUAUGAAUGUAAUCAGUGUGGCAAAGCCUUUGCAUAUCCCAGUAUUCUCCGAAAGCAUAAAAGAACCCAUACUGGAGAAAAACUGUAUGAACGUAAUCAGUGUGGCAAAGCCUUUGUAUAUCCCAGUAGUUUCCAAAAACAUAAACGAACCCAUAAUGUAAAGAAACCCUAUGAAUGUAAUCAGUGUGUUGAAGCCUUUGCACAGCACAUUCAUCUACAAAGUCAUGAAAGUAGCCAUGUUGGUGAGAAAACCCUAUAAAAGUAAUCAGUGUGGUAAAGCCUUUGUUUGUCACAGUAGUCUCCAAGCACAUGAAAGAACACAUACUGGAGAGAAACCCUAUGAAUAUAAUCAAUGUUGUAAAGCCUUUGCAUGUAUAGUGAUCUCUGAAAACAAAAGAACCCAUACAGGGUAGAAACAUUACAUAUGUAAUUAUUGUGCUAAAGGCUUUGCUUAUCAUAGUCAUCUUCAAAGACAUGAACUAACACAUGCUGGAGAGAAAUCCUAUGAAUGUAAUGAGUGUGGUAAAGCCUUUGCACUUCACAGGACUCUUCAAAUGCAUAAAAGAUCACACACUGGAGAUUAAGUCUGUGAAUAUCAUCAGUAUGGUAAAGCAUUUGAAUAUAUGAAUAAUCUAAGUCACGAGAAAAAUCAUACUGCAUAGAAAGCCUUUGAAUAUAUUCAGUAUGAUAAAGUUUUGUACUUUAUAUAGGAAUACAACUUUUUGUGUGCAAUAAUCUGUUAAAAUCUCUGUAUAUUACAAUAGACAAUGACUACGUGAAAAAGAUACUGAGGACUUCUUAUUAUAAAGUAUUUGGUAAGAUCUUCAGUCAAAACACUUAUAAUCACCUACACAGUGAUUUGAGUUUCCCUUCUGUAUGCUGUGAAUAUAUUUUGUUACCAUUGUUAAUAAAGAAGCUGCUUUGGUCCCUUCGCAGGGCAGAAUAGAGCAAGGCAGGAAUUCCACGCAGAGAUAGAGGAG